UUUCGCUAUGCAACAAAACUUGAUUUCUGUUUGAUGAUUCUGGGAGCGGUGUUCGCAGCCACACAAGGAACUUUCAAUUCUGUCUCAUCUCUGGUUUUUCGGCAUCUCAUGGAUGCUCUAAUUAUAGGUGAAUUCGAAUGGCAAGCAGGCAUAUUCGACGAUUAUGAGUUCACACAACUAGCGAUGAACUCUGUCUACAGAUAUACUCUAUUUGGUCUCAUACAAUUCACUCUUGGAUUUCUAUCGAUGUGUUGUUGGCAUACAGUAUGUGAACGGCAAGUAUAUCAAAUCAGAAAUCGCUUCUUUGGAUCAGUGAUACGACAGGAUAUGGCCUGGUUUGACCAAAAUGAUAGUGGAGCUCUGACAACUCGGAUGAGCGAUGGAAUAGAUCGGAUUCGGGAUGGUAUUGGCGACAAACUCGGUGCUAUGUUCGCCUAUGUGGCCACAUUCAUCGCUGGAAUAACAGUUGCUUUGAGUUGUAGUUGGCAAAUGACUCUAGUUAUGAUUGGGUUCUUCCCAAUCUUCUUCGGACCACUCACGGUAACUUCUAUGAUCAUGGGGAAGGUCGUACCCAAAGAGCAAGAGUUUUACGUUCGGGCCGGUUCUACCGCUGAAGAGGUAGUCAAUGGCAUACGCACUGUGGUAGCCUUCAAUGGGCAGGAGAAAGAAAUUAAAAGGUACUCUGACUAUCUGGAACAAGGGAUGAGGCAAGGUAUGGUAAAAGCCUUUCUGACAUCCUUUGGGACAGCUUUCAUUAUGGGUUCACUUUUCGUCUCCAUGGGUAUAUCUUUCUGGUAUGGUACAAAACUGGUUAUCUCCGGUGCCAUUACACCUGGUACGGUGUUCUCUGUGUUCUGGGCAGUCAUUGGUGGAGCUUUUGCCGUCGGCCAAGCAGCUCCUCAGAUCGGUGUCCUCAUCUCCAGCAUGACGGCUGCUGCUCCGAUUUUCUCCAUUAUCGAUCGCAAACCGCCUAUCGAUUCUCUCUCUAAGGAAGGACGGGUACUUGAAAAUGUCAAAGGUCGAAUUUCGAUAUCUGAUGUCCACUUCAGCUAUCCAUCUCGUCCAGAGGUUGAAGUUCUAAAAGGCGUCUCACUCAAUGUAGAAAGUGGUCAGCACAUCGCCCUCGUUGGCCAUAGUGGUUGCGGGAAAAGCACACUUUUUGGGCUACUUCUUCGUUUCUAUGAACAGCAAUCAGGAAAGGUAUCCAUCGAUGAUGUUCUCGUUUCCGAAAUAAACAUCGAACAUCUGAGGAACAUUAUUGGAGUCGUUUCUCAGGAGCCAGCGCUGUUUGCUGACACGGUUGAGAACAAUAUCCGAUUGGGUAGAGCGGAUAUCUCACAGAAGGAAAUGGAAGAUUGCUGUAAAAUGGCAAACGCCCAUGAGUUUAUUAUGAACCUAAGCCAAGGCUAUCAGACAAGAAUAGGUGAAGGUGGAGUCCAGCUAUCCGGUGGACAAAAGCAGCGAGUUGCUAUCGCUCGAGCCCUGGUUAGGAAUCCACGAAUUCUUCUACUGGAUGAGGCAACGAGUGCUUUGGAUGCAGAAAGCGAAAGUAUUGUCCAACAGGCGCUUGAAAAUGCUCAAUCCGGGAGGACCACAGUUUCGAUCGCACACAGACUUUCGACAAUAAAAAAUGUCGAUCGCAUUUACGUAUUCAACAAUGGUCGGAUAGUGGAAGACGGAAACCACGACGAACUCAUGAAAAUGAAUGGGUUGUACUCGGAGUUGGUGAGAGCGCAAGAGAUUGAGCAACUUGAGAAAGCUGGGAGCGACGAUGAAACUGCUGAACACAAUGUAACACUGAUGAGGAGAAGAAGCAAACGCCUCUCCCGUUCCAUCUCACGUCCCACGGAACUUCGUGGUCAGGAACUAGAAACCCUCGAGGAAGAAGUCGAAGAGAAAAAAGUGAAAGGAGCAAGUCUCCUAGAUAUUUUGAAGUUUGCAAGACAGGAAUGGUGCCAACUGGCAGUGGCUCUUAUCCUUGCCGUAGCCCGUGGGAUGACGUUCCCUGUGUUUUCGAUAAUUUACGGUCGAAUGUUCAAGACCUUGACAAGCGGCAGCAACUCCCAAAAGCUACAUGGAGCCACGAUGAAUGCCAUAUGGUUCUCACUUCUGGGCAUUUCUAGCGGUAUAAGCACAAUGAUUUCUGGCUAUCUGUUUGGAAGAGUUGGAGAGUCUCUGACAAAUAGACUACGUCUAUCGUUGUUUACGAACAUCGUGAAGCAAGAUGGAGAGUACUUUGACCACGAAGAACAUGCUUCAGGAAAAUUGACGACAAGACUGGCUACGGACGCACCAAAUAUUAGAGCGGCGAUCGAUCAACGUCUUGCUGAUGUCGUCGCAGCUGUGUCGUCGAUAAUUGGAGGCAUCUCCAUAGCAUUCUCCUACGGCCCUGCUAUGGCACCAAUUGGAGUACUUACGGCCGUAACUCUAAUCACACUGCAAACACUUGUUGCCCGAUAUCUGAAGGUCCGAGGUCAACGCGAUGCGGUUCUAGCCGAGGAACCGUCAAGACUGGCUACAGAAGCGAUAGAACAGCAUAAAACAGUUCAAUAUCUAACUAAGGAACAGCAGUUCUUGGAUAAGUUCGUUACCCAAAUGCAUGGUCCUCACAAAAGGGCAAUAUUUCGAGGCAUUGUUCAGUCCUUGACCUAUGCCCUCUCCGUUAGUUUUGUGAAUUUGAACUUUGCCAUCGCCUAUCUUUAUGGUAUCUGGCUGGUUGGUAGGAGAAUCUGUUCACCGUAUACGGUGUUCCAGGUGAUUGAAUCCCUGAACACCGCGUCGAUGUCUUUGAUUGCAUUUGCCACCUACUUCCCUGAGUAUGUCCGUGCUCGACUGUCAGCAGCCCUUCUUUUCCGAAUGCUAAGGGACAAACCGAAAAUCGACAGUCUGUCUCCAUUAGGAAUGCAAACUAAGUUACAAGGAUCGAUUCACUUUUCGGAUCUGUCCUUUUCAUAUCCCGUCAGUCGUAGAGAUAUGGUUCUCAAAGGAAUCACUCUGAAGGUCCCUGCAGGAAAGACUGUUGCAUUGGUUGGACCUAGUGGUUGUGGAAAGAGCACUUCUAUUCAACUUAUCGAGCGAUUUUACGAUCCUGUGGCUGGAGCUGUGCUUUUCGAUGAAGUUGACGCUCGUGAACUUAAUUUGAGGCAUCUUCGUUCACAAAUAUCCCUUGUCGGACAAGAACCAAUUCUUUUCAACUAUUCCAUCAGAGAAAAUAUUGCGUAUGGUCUCGAGCAAGCGACUGUUGAUCAGAUCGAAAAUGCAGCUAAGUUAGCGAAUGCCCACAAUUUUAUCAUCAAAUUACCAUCUGGCUACGACACGAUUGUUGGUGAGCGAGGCAGUAUGUUGUCAGGCGGGCAGAAACAACGAAUUGCUAUAGCACGAGCUGUUAUUCGUGAUCCGAAAAUUCUACUCCUAGAUGAAGCUACGAGUGCAUUAGAUACAGAAAGUGAAAAAAUUGUACAAGAAGCGCUGGAAAAAGCGAGACAAGGUCGAACUUGUAUUGUCAUCGCUCAUCGACUGUCUUCUAUACAAAAUGCAGAUCUUAUAAUUGUCAUUAAAGAUGGAAUGGUUGAGGAGCAAGGGACACACCAGCAAUUACUAGCCAGAGAGGGCCUCUAUGCAAGCAUGGUAACCAAACAAGAUCUCAAAUAA